AUGCAACACGCUAGUUCUGUCACGGGUACCCAUCCAUUUCUAGAUCGCACCUAUCGUCCCGUCGUCCCAUCAAAAGAGCCUGGCAUUAUCAACCUGAUCUCUAAUCCUGAUGAUAUGGCUGCAAUUAAUUGCGCCAUCAUGGAGCUUCCAACUUGGCCACCUAACCAGCAUUACCAUUCUAUGCUCGAUGCUCCUGGGAAUACUUUGUCUACUCGGUCCUACGAAUUCCUAACCUGGCUUUGGGGCAUUGGAGCCAGGGAUAUUGCAUCAAUCUACUUGGAGAUUCCUAAGCCCCUAACAUGUCCUGGCACAGGCACAGAGGUUAACAAAGAAGAUCGUUAA